GGCAAUUAUUCACUAAUCUCGAUCAGUUACCGUAAGCUUCGAAGGAUUCACAAAUAGUUGAUAAUGAAGCUGUUAUGGAUUAUCAUGGCUUGCUAUACUCUGAAAACAACUAUCUCCACAGGCUCCGUGAAUUCCACAGGUACGGACGUGGCUGACAAUGUGGCUCUCGGGCAGGACGUCUUCAGACAACUACUGAACCAAGAAACCCUUAUUCGAAUCAAUCUGGUGAAACACGUCCACACUCUGAUGCAGGAGAUGGUGACACUUAAGGAUAACACGUUGAAACUACAGAACAGUUUGGAUGAAAUAUUGAUAGGAUCGAAAGAGGACCUGAAGUCCACACAGAGAGAUAUCAAGGCGCUCAAACUUGAAAACCAGAAAUUAAAGGAAACCUCAACAGAAAUGGAGACGGUGCUAAAGGAACAAAAUGAGACAGACAUAAAAAUUAAUAAUGCUAUUUCGAAUCUUCAUAAAGAUCAACAGAAGUUCGAAAGACAAAUGAAUGGAAAUCUAGAUUCUUUAGAAAGAAACGUCACUGGGGCUUUGUCAGGUAUCAAUGUCAACAUGCGUCUAUUGUCCAUGGCUGUGGUAAAUGUUGACAAACGUUCUAAUGACCUAAGUAAGCGCCUGGGUGAUGUAAAUCAGAGCAUCCCAGAGCUAAUCGAAGAGAAGGGUCGCAUGGUGUCAGAAAUAGUUAGAAAUAUGUCCGAACACUUAUCAGAAGAAACAAAUAAUACUUUAGAGAACAUGAAGUCAGAGUUGGCAGACACACAACAGAAUCAGUUAAAAAUGGCGGCGGCGGUACUAUCUCUAGAAUGGUUCAAAAACAACAUGUCUAAGGGAAAUUGUGAUAUUUCAAAAAGAGUAGGCUUCACUGCAGGAGUAUCGUCAUCAAAUACACUCUGGUCCUCUGGUAAAUUAGUCUUCAACAAAGUGUUGCACAACAAGGGCGCUGGCUACGACUCUUCAUCCGGGGUCUUUACAGCGCCCUCUGCUGGGGUCUAUGUGUUCUACGUUUCCAUUACUUCCUACAGCGACAAUGAAAUCAACGUCGACAUCACUCUAAACGGUUACUCUCAAGUAACUGCCAGGGCCAAAGGGGGCAGUGGUAGAAUGAACUACUCGUACUCGUACUCCUACAGUUAUCAAACUGGCACAAACAUGGCUACCCUUUCAUUGAAACGCGGAGACCGGGUUUGGAUACAGUAUACAUCGGGAACGGGAUACAGUUCCAAAAGCGUACCAACCACAACAUUCUCUGGGUUUUUGAUUUGACAGGGAUAAGGCGAAAAUGCUUAAAUACGAGUUACUUAUGAGAUUCAUCACUGUUUGAUUAUCUUCACCUUUUCGUGUAAACUUAAGAUUGUCAGAGCAGAUUAUUUUGUGGAAAUUUUGAUGUUGGUUAGACUUGCAUGCUUAUACAAAAUGUACUUUAUAUGUCUAUAUAAUACUUCCUAUUCAUUUAAGAUUAUACUGUAUAAAGUCAAUCUUUCGAUGUUUCACAUAUUUACUUUUCACUUUCACUUUUUUAUGUAAUCCAUUAUACCCGCAGUUUUACCAGUCUUCUCGACCGUUACGGUUAUUUGUUUUCUGCAAUUUCAUUGGUUAAACGGCUUAAUGUUGGCUGAUCAGAUUAAGCGUUUAUUUUUAGUAUUUUAUUGGGGUCUAAUAUAUAACGCGAAAUACACGAGAUAUUUAUUCUCUCUCUGCUUGGAUCAAGAACCUCUAGGUUUCGACUUUUUACAAGAACUUCGUAUCCGUUCUAUUCAUUCAAUUGCGUAUAUCAGGGGUUUUUUUUUCACCUUGCAAUAAGUAAAACUAACGUAGAAUUAUGAUACAGUCUUUAUGAGUUCGAGUUUUCUUGACAUAAUAUAUGUAUAUAUCCUAGCAGAGUCGAAGGUUACUUAGUGCAAGGUAGAAUUAAAUAUCCCUUACCUGAGUAUUUUUCAUAGUUAGUAGUUAUAUAUUUGUAGGCUAUCUCAGCAUUUAUAUUUAGCCUUAAACUGUAUUACUUUGAGGUGUGUGGAGCACGCUGGUGUAGUAAACUGUUUGUUUUUGACAGUGUAUGGGAGCUCAUUAGUGUUCUAACUUUAGAUUUUUCUUAUCAUUACGGUACAUAUUUUUCGUCAUUGUGAUCUUUUGUUUUGGGUAUAUUUUACAUUUCUCUCUGAUUAUAUUCGUUCAUUUUCAUGGGAAAACUUAUUAUUUGUUAUCAUCUUUUCCAAAACCAUAUUCAUUUAUGCUUUAAUAAAUUUGUAAACUUUA